AUGCACCACCUCCUGGAGCAGUCGGCGGACAUGGCGACGGCGCUGCUGGCGGGCGAGAAGCUGCGGGAGCUGAUCCUGCCGGGCGCCCAGGACGACAAGGCGGGCGCGCUGGCCGCGCUGCUUCUGCAGCUGAAGCUGGAGCUGCCGUUCGACCGCGUGGUCACCAUCGGCACCGUGCUUGUCCCCAUCCUGCUGGUCACCCUGGUCUUCACCAAGAACUUCGCAGAGGAGCCCAUUUACUGUUACACUCCGCACAACUUCACCCGCGACCAGGCGCUGUACGCCCGCGGCUACUGCUGGACGGAGCUGCGGGACGCGCUGCCCGGCGUGGACGCCAGUCUCUGGCCGUCCCUGUUCGAGCACAAGUUUCUGCCCUACGCGCUGCUGGCCUUCGCCGCCAUCAUGUACGUGCCCGCGCUGGGCUGGGAGUUCCUGGCCUCCACGCGCCUCACGUCGGAGCUCAACUUUCUGCUGCAGGAGAUCGACAACUGCUACCACCGCGCGGCCGAAGGCCGGGCCCCCAAGAUCGAGAAGCAGAUCCAGUCCAAGGGGCCCGGCAUCACUGAGCGCGAAAAGCGGGAGAUCAUCGAGAACGCUGAGAAGGAGAAGAGCCCGGAGCAGAACCUGUUCGAGAAGUACCUGGAGCGGCGCGGCCGCAGCAACUUCCUGGCCAAGUUGUACCUGGCGCGGCACGUGCUCAUCCUGCUGCUCAGCGUGGUGCCCAUCUCCUACCUGUGCACCUACUAUGCCACCCAGAAGCAGAACGAGUUCACGUGCGCGCUGGGCGCCUCGCCCGACGGGCCAGCAGGCGGCCCGGGCCCCGCGGUGCGCGUCAGCUGCAAGCUGCCGUCGGUGCAGCUGCAGCGCCUGGUCGCGGGCGUGGAGAUAGUGCUCCUGUGCUUCAUGAACCUCAUCAUCCUCGUCAACCUCAUCCACCUCUUCAUCUUCCGCAAGAGCAACUUCAUCUUCGACAAGCUGCACAAGGUGGGCAUCAAGACGCGCCGCCAGUGGCGCCGCUCGCAGUUCUGCGACAUCAACAUUCUGGCCAUGUUCUGCAACGAGAACCGCGACCACAUCAAGUCGCUCAACCGGCUGGACUUCAUCACCAACGAGAGCGACCUCAUGUACGACAACGUGGUGCGGCAGCUGCUGGCCGCGCUAGCGCAGUCCAAUCACGACUCCACGCCCACCGUGCGCGACUCCGGCGUCCAGACGGUGGACCCCAGCGCCAACCCCGCCGAGCCCGACGCCUCCUCCGAGCCGCCGGUGGUCAAGCGCCCGCGCAAGAAGAUGAAGUGGAUCCCCACCAGCAACCCCCUGCCGCAGCCCUUCAAGGAGCAGCUAGCCAUCAUGCGCGUGGAGAACAGCAAGGCCGAGAAGCCCAAGCCCGUGCGCAGGAAGACGGCCACCGACACGCUCAUCGCGCCGCUGCUGGACGCGGGCGCCCGCGCUGCGCACCACUACAAGGGCGGCGGGGACGCGGCCGCCUCCUCCGAGCCGCCCGCCGCGGCAGGGGAUAAGAAGCACGCGCGGCAUUUCUCCCUGGACGUGCACCCCUACAUCUUGGGCACCAAAAAGCCCAAGCCCGAGGCCGCUCCCGCCGCCGUCCUGCCUGCCUCCCGGAGCCAGGAGGGGAGCUUCCUUUCGCAAGGAGAGGAGUGCAUGCUGGGCCUGGCCGCCGUGUCCACCAAAGAUGGCCCACUCUCCGAGAAGGAACUCCCAUUCUCAGCAGAUCCUGCCCGGGCAGGGCUUCCAGCCACAGUCCCAUUUCAUCUCUGCUCUCCCCCCAAGGCCCCUGCUGCAGCCCCGAUGUCUCCAGCAGGCCUGGGCAAGGCUGACCCCUUGGCCAUCCUGAGCCGGAAUGCUACUCACCCCCUUCUCCACAUCAACACGCUGUAUGAGGCCCGGGAAGAUGAGGAAGGGGGUCCCCAUGUGCCCCCGGACAUGGGCGAGCUCAUUGCCAUCCCACCCCCCCAGCAGAUCCUCAUUGCCACCUUCGAUGAGCCCAGGACAGUCGUGAGUACAGUGGAGUUUUGAGAGGAAGGCCCGCCAGCUGCCACAGGCCUUUUGCACAGGCCACCUUCCAGUGACCCAGCCCCAUGUGCACGCAGCCUCUGCUUGCUCAGCACUGCCCACCCCCAGCAUCCAUCCGCAUGCACAGGGGCUCAGUGCCUCCCCCAGGCUCAACAGGCGGCCAGCCCACACAGGUGCAUCCUUCCAGCACUGGCCAGGGGCAGGGCCAGCUGUGGCCCAUCAGAGCCCCCCCCCCAACUUCUGCAUCCUGAGAACAGCUGUAGGUGUGGGGCUGUAAGGCUAAGAGUUUAUUUUUUUAAUCAGUUUGGUUCUGGGCCUGGGAAGCGAGGGCUAUGCUUGUGGCUGGACAAGGUACCCUCCCACCAGGCCUCACCACAGCCACACCCCAGGGGUCACAGCUCAGGGGUUCACCGCCCCCCACAGGGACUAGGAGCCUUCGGGUUGGGGGGGCUGGGCUGCCCCCCCAGUUGGAGACCUCCAUGCACUUUCUUCUUGUAACCUGACAUACAUGUAUUUUAUUUUGAUUACUGUAAUCAACGAUUAUAUUUAUCGCCAGGAGACUUAACGAGUUAAAACAGGUGGUUGAGUGAGUAGUCAGGUGUGUGGACGAGUGUGUGGGUGAGCGUGCCUCCAGGCCGAAGGAGUCCAACGCAAUAACCACAUCCCCCGCUGGGCCACAAGCCCUGCCUUGGCCCCUGGGCCAAGGCCCAGCACGCCUGGCCCGGCCCCUGUUACCUCAGCCACGGCCACACGUGACCACAGUAUUCACAAGGUAGCACUGAGCAUACAAAUAAAUACUAUUCUAA